AUGGUGGUCGUAAGGUGGGGCAAUGGCGGCGGCGACUGCUCCCCUCGAUGGGGUGUAUCCGUCGUCGUCGCCGCCGUCCUGGUGGCCGUUGGCUCUGCCCUCGCCGGAGCUGACGCCGGAGAGGUGACCGUUGCGGGGGCGCUUCCUCGGAUUCUCCACGCCCACGUUGGGAAGGUCCACCGUCCCCGGCCACCACAUUUUAGCCCGCCGAAGAUCGCCACCGACGGAGGUCUCUUGCUGCCGCCGGUGAGACUUCCUCAUCCUCCUCCCUCGUUCUUGCCCACCCACAAGCUUAAGCAUUCAGUGCUCUCUCUCUGUCUCUCCCAUUCCUUCUCUCUCUCUAUCUCUCUUUCUCUCUCUUAUUCCUCUCUCAGUCUCUAGCUCAUUCCUUCUCUCUCGGUCUCUCAUUCCUUCUCUCGCUCUCUCUCUCUCUCUCAUUCUGUCUCUAUAUCUUUCCUUUUCUCUCUCUCUUUCCUCCUCUCUUCCUCUCUCUUAUUCCUUCUCUCCCCUUUUCUCUCAUUCCUCUCUCAGUCUCUAUCUCAUUCCUUCUCUCCGUCUCUGUCGUUGUCUCUGUCUCUCUCUCUCUCUUAUUCCUUCUAUCUCUAUCUCUAUAUCUUUCUCUGGCUAGCUACGUUAAUAACGCAAAGCUUUGUCGCAGGUCUCGCCGGCGGGGACAAGCCGGCCGUCGAGGGUCUUCCACGUCACCGAGUUUGGAGCCGAUCCUACCGGCACGAAAGAUUCGACUCAGGCGAUCUCCGACGCCGUCGCUGGAGCCAUGAAGGCGGCCUCUCCCGGGCGGACCCUCUUCACCGGAAUCGCCGACCUGGGCGGUGCCGAGAUCCACCUCGACGGCGGAGUGUACAUCCUCCGCCGUCCUUUACGCUUACCCCCCAGUAUCGGUAACCUUAAGGUACCCUCAACCGCGCUCCACCCAUUUCUGAGCACGUCUUAUUUCCUGUUAGACUCUAUUUUUUAAAUAUAUAACGUUGUAAUUUCUCAUUUUUUUAUUAAUUCACCCUUUUUCAUGCAGAGUUCUCGAUAGACGUUAUUCUACCAAAAUCAUUUUUUUUAGCCUAAUUUACGGAUUUAUUUUGGCGUCAUAAUUCGGUCAGAUCUCUCACAGACUAUUUUUUUUUACAUUAGAAUAUUGAAAUUAUAAAUAAAUUAUUAUUCCAGAGACUACCCAUUUUUCCUGGAGAUUUCCCAAUUGAUGGUAUUCUACCAAAAUCAAUUUUUUAACACAAUUUUACGUUUUUUUGUGGCGAGAUAACUCGAUUGGAUUAUUUAUAAUUUAUUUUAGAAAAUAUGGACCACCCAUUUUUUCCACCAAGAUCACAUGUUUAGCAUGAGUUUACGGAUGCUUUUUCUUUUUUGUGGCGAUAUAAUUCGAUCAGAUUACUUUGAAAUUAUUUUCUAAAAUAUAUUUUUUUAUUCCAGAGAACACCCAUAUUUUCUGAGGUUAUUUUACCAAGAUCAUAAAAUUUAACAUAAUUUACGGAUUUUUUUAAUUUUUUUUGGCGACAUAAUUCGAUCAGAUUACUUGGAGGCUAUUUUUUUUUAAAGUAUAACGUUGAAAUUAUAAAUAAAUUAUUACCCAUUUUUCCUGGAGAGUUGUUAAUAGAUGUUAUUCCUCCAAAAUCAAUUUUUAAUUUACGGAUUUUUUUUCCUUUUCGUGUGGCGACAUGAUUCGAUCUUCAGAUUCACGGCGGGUCGCUGGUGGCGGCCGACGACUUCCCGGCGGAGGGCUACCUGAUCGAGCUCUCCGCCGCCGCAACGAACACCUCCUCGUCCCAGCUCAACUACGAGUACAUCACCCUCAGGGACCUUGUCCUCGACGCCAACUACCGCGGCGGAGGCGCCGCCAUCGUCAACUCUCUCCGCACCACCGUCGACAACUGCUACGUCAUCCACUUCGCCACCGACGGCGUCCUCGUCCGCGGCGGCCACGAGACCUUCAUCCGCAGCUCCUUCCUCGGCCAGCACAUCACCGCCGGCGGCGACCCGGCGGAGAAGGACUUCUCCGGCGUCGCCAUCAACCUCGCCGGCAACGAUAACGCCGUCACCGACGUGGCCAUCUUCUCUGCCGCCACCGGGGUUCUGGUUACCGGACAAGCCAACAUUCUCACCGGCGUCCACUGCUACAACAAGGCUACCGGCUUUGGCGGUGUCGGUAUCCAUCUCCGCCUCCCGGGGUUGACCCAGACGAGGAUCAUCGGCUGCUACCUCGACUUCACCGGCAUCGUCGCCGAGGACCCGGUGGAGCUGCUGGUGGCGGGCUCCUUCUUUCUCGGAGACGCGAACAUCGUCCUCCGCUCGGUCAACGGGGUAGUUUCCGGGGUCAACGUCGUGGACAACAUGUUCUCCGGCAGCGGGAAGGGGGUGGAGAUUGUUCGGCUGGAUGAGUCAACGCGGAGGUUCACGGCGGUGGAGCAGGUGGUGGUGGGAAGGAACGCCGUCGUGGGGAUGAAGGAGAGGGCGACCUUCGCCAAGGGCGUCGCCAGUGGGGAGGGGAGAUCAUGGGUCGUUGAUUUCUCGUCGCUGCUGCUCUUCCCGGACAGGAUUGAGAGCUUGCAGUACACGCUGGCCGUCACCGGGGGUGCCGCCGAUGCUCCGCCGCCAGUGCCGUUCACCGCGCACGGCGUGCGCAACGUCUCCGGCAACCGGGUAGUGGUGGAGUCGCAGGUGCCCGUCUCCGCCACGGUCUACGCGUCCGUCGAUCAGUUCCUCGGGGCCUCGGGGUGA